GUGGCUGUCAGCCCACGGCAGCGCCUCUCAAACACCGGGACCUUUAAAAGUCGAGUCUGAUCUGAAAGUAUUUUUUUACGGUUUUUUUUUGCAUUGUAAAAGUUUGGACUGUUUACCCCCUUUGCCCACCCCAAAGCCACAGUAAACUCCAGACAGCGGAUCCAACUUUCUGUGCCACACUGAAGCCUCAUCUCUGGGCAAACAGCUUACCUGCUCUGCUUUGAGCAGCUCUCCCCCAGCAGCGAGUGUUGGUUGGUUGAGGAGCCCCGUCAAACUCGGCCAAACUUCUCAAGGACUGACCAACCAAAUCAAAGGAAAAGGAGAUGCCAAACACCAGAAGGCGAUUUCAACAGCUCAGCUUUGCCAUGUUUCUCCUGUGUUCAAUGCCAGCAAAUGGGAAGCCAGUGGAUGGUGACUCUGAUAUCAGGAAGCGGUCGGUGUCUGAGCACCAGUUCAUGCAUGACAAGGGCAGGUCCAUGCAGGAGUUUCAGCGGCGGAUUUGGCUGCACAAUGUGAUGGGGGAGCUGCAUACAGCGGAGAACCGGGACAUGGCUCACUCACAUCCAUCCCGCAACACCAAGCCCCCGGCCAGCUGGCCAGACCCCCCGGACCUCAGCAAGCUCCUCCUGAUCAGGACAGCGCCCAACAACGAGGGUACCAGGACACCACUGCAGCAGAUGCAGGAGACCGACAAGCCUGGCCCUUUGAGAUACCAGAACUCCAAGAAAAACGGCAAGAAAAAGAAGAAAAGGCAGCAGGUCAGGAAUGGCAAGCGCCGAGCACAGAAAGCCCAAGAGAAAAACAAACGUAACGCUCGCUCAGCCGGCCCCCAGCGUCGGGACCCCAACAGCGGACCCCACCUCCACUCGCUCCUCAUCUCCACCUCCGGACAGCACUGAGGGCCCCAACGGCAGGUGCAUUUUAAGAAGGUCCGAUGUUUUUUGAGAAGACCGAAACAAACCCUGUCGCAACAGUAUUCUGUAUCUGUGAUCAUAAUGAAAGUAUUAGACGUAUUUAUUGAUUGUAAAUAAAAAAACACACGAGAAUAAAAAUUUGAGUGUGCACGAAGGAACUACAUUUAGUCAUUGCAAAUAUUUGACAAUCCACGAUAAUGUUACAUGCCAUAAUUUAUUUGUGAAAUCAUCUAUUUAUUUGAACUGUACCCUGGUGCUGCUAACUUAUAUAUAUUUUGUGACACAUGCACUUUUAGAUUUCAAGUCAUUUGUUAUGCGACGUAUAAUAAAGUGUUUUCGUGAUUCACUGAA